GGUAUUUGAACGCGGCGCGCGGCGGCCUCCGCUUCCACAAGCGGCGGCGGCGGCAUAGGAGGGUCAUGAAGGCAGCGGAGGCAGCUGGGGAAGCGGCGGGACUGAAGAAGAGCGCGAGCCGAGCCGGACCCACCUGUGCUGCUAGCGUAACGUCAUGUGAUCCCACUGGCCACAUGGAUGACCACAAGGACACGACUGAGCUGUUUGCCCAGUUAAAAGAAUGCCUCUCCCGCUCUCCGGGAGAUGAUUCCACCACCACCAGCAAAGAGUUGCUGGUGCAGCAAGGCAAAAUGUGUGACCGUGUCCUUCGCAUUUGUGUCAAGCGGAUGGGCCAGCCCGGUGUCUCCCCAGCACAUGCCACCACCCUGGUGGCCAUGGCUAGGGAGGCUUGCCACGGCUACCUGACAGUGGUGAGACAGCCUCCUCCUCUCUACUUGGAGAAGAUCCUCUACCACCUACUGCGAAAUGCGGCUCACCAACACAAGUACAGUGCCUGCUGGAUGGUGGCUGAUCUCCUCCGUGCCCGCCUGCUGAGCUACCGCUCUGGCCAGGCGCCCUCCAGGGACACAAGCUUCACAUCCAUCGCCUACAGCAGCUUUAACGCUCUCUGGAGAGCGUCAGAGAGCCUGGUGGAGCCCAACAGGCUGCAGGAGGGUAGAGCCAUCUUCUCAGUCCGUCUGCGAGCCCUGUGCUUCCUCCUGCUGCUGGAGGAUGACAGGCCAGCCUUGCCGCUGCUGCAGCCCCCCUUCUUCACCUCGGAAACGGCACAGCAGGCAGCAGCUGCUGCUGCUUUCUAUGAAGCCAAGCAGGUGCAAUCUUCGUCUUUGCUCAGCCGAAAGCUUGGGAACCUCUUGCUCGCGACUCUGCGAGAGGAAGCAUCAACGCCGCCCACCCUCCAGCAAUGCCUCUGCUUCUUUGAGCUCACCCGUGAGCAGUGCCGGCAUCUCUGCAAGAGUGGCGAGUACCAGGACGCUCAGCAGGCGAUAAAAGACUUGAGGGACUUUGUUGGGGCCGCUGACAACUCUGUAACAUCUUUUGGUGCCCCCCUGUCCCUCCUGGAUGCUGGGGUGCAGCUGAGCUGGGAGCUGGCCAAGGGCACUGGCUCCAUGGAGCUGUUCUUACCGGCUGCAGUGGUUCUCGGCACGGCAGUGGAGGCCUCGGAGAGGUUCCUCAUGCUGCUGGCUGAGAGCUGCCAGUUUGUCAUCUCCUUGCUCAGCGAGUCCAUGAAGACGAGCAGACCACAGCUCUUCAGGCAGGAAGACGUGCUUGGGCUCUGUGCCUUCACCAAUGGGCACUGCCGUGUCCUCCAUCGGGUGCUGGAGCGGAUUCCUUCUUAUGGUGCCAAACAGAAGCUCCUGGUGAAGCAGCUACUCUACUCCAACCUCCAGCUCUUUACCAGCAUGGUGUAUGAUGCCUUGCAGUCUUCCCAGCUGACAGGCUGGCUGGCUCUGGAACAGCUGGUGGCGGAAUGUGGGAAGAGCAUGACCUGGAUGCUGGAUGCACUGGAGGGGCUUACUGGGAGCGAGCGAACCCGAUACCUCAAUGUCACUGUGUCCUGUGCCUUCAAGCUGGCCUACAUCUUCUACAACCAGAACCUUCACAAGGAGGCCAGCUCGCUCUGUGAGCUUCUCUGCAAGAGGCUGACGGCAGAAGAUGCCUACGCAUGUCCAGAGAUACCCCCAGACAAGCUCCAUAAAUGCUUUAGGCUGCUGGUAGAAAGCUACCGCAAACUGGGACAGCUGGAGAGGGCCCUGGAGUGCGUAGUGUGGUGGCUGAGCGCCCUGCAGGGCCGCAUCAAGGAGCUGCUGGCAGAGCCUGUCUCUCUCUGGGCCAGAGUCAAAACAGAUGCUGCGAAACAGGGGAAUGAGGAGUUAGGGUUACGGACCCUCAAGGAAGGCUUGAAAGGGCACAACCUGGACCCGGAUACCUUGGUAACUGUCCUCUUUGCGGAGUUGAAGGCCUAUAAGGCCAUCCGAGCUGACACAGGGAAGGAACGCUAUAACACCCUCUGCGACCUGCUGGAGAUCUGCUCGGAGGAGAGCGGCCGCCUGCACGAGCGAGCUUUCUGCCUGGUGGAACUGGCCCAGGUUUUGUGCUACCACAGCUACCCUGAGUUCACAGAGUGCUCCUGUCUGGACUCGAUCCAUGAAGCUUUAUACCUGCUGGAGUUGGUGCCCAGGAACACUCAGAACCAGGACCAGCUCCUUGAUGACCAGGCACAGGCUCUGCUCUGGCUCUACAUAUGUACUCUCGAGUCCAAGCUGGAGAAGAGCAUAGAGAGGGACCAGAGAGUCAAAGCUAUGGGGCUGAAGAACCCGGAUGACUUUGAGACCAACGAUCUCAACUAUGAAAGCCGGCAGCUGGAGGAUAGGUUUACGUGUGAUAGCAUCUGUUUCAACCUGGUGACAGAGACUGAUCUGUCCAAAAGCCUGGAUGACGCCUUUGCCUUGUGGAAGCAGCUCCUUGAGAAACCAGGUGUCCCAGCUGUGCGCAGCCCUGAACAGACUGUGGCUUCCCUGCAGCUCCUGGCAACUAUCUACAAGCUGAUGUUCAAGCCCUUCCAAGCUUUGGAGAGCUAUCACCUGGUCAGAGCCCUGUGCAGCAGGCUCGGAGACAGCCUGGGCAUGGCCCGUGCCCUGUGCCACAUCACCAAGCUGCUCUUCCAGCUGGAAUGCCCCAGCUAUGCCAAGCUUUUCCUGGAGGAGACAGAAUCCUGCCUGCAGGAAGCAGACAGCAGCAAUGAUUCCUACCCGCUGGUGCAGCAAACCUGCCUCCUGCUCCGCAGCCAGCUCUGCUGUGUCAACUACCAGAUUGAGGAGGGUGUCACCCUUUUGCUGGGGGUGCUCCAAAACCCAGCUCUGCGAAAGAACACAAAGGACUGGUACCUGCUACGAGCCUCCAUCCUUCAACUGGUGGCCUUCUACCUGAGCCUCCCCCCUGCCAGCCUCUCACCAGAGCUCCGGCAGCAGAUCUUUGGGCAAGGGUGGAAGAUGACCGAGACAGCUCUUACUGAAGCCCACAAGCUCUUCCGUAGUAUCAUCUUGGUGGUGAUGGGCAGCAACGUGCUGGGCUGUCAGACAAAGCCAGCUGAUGUCCAGUUCUUGGAUUACGGGGAAAACCUGCUGCUGAAGUGGGAAGUGCUGGCAGACUUGCUGGCCUGCUUGAAGCACUACGUGGCCCUGCUCAGCAGCUUGGAGCUGGUGAGUAGAGCCAAGCUCUUCUGCUUUGAGGCCAUCCAUCUGGCCAUGAGACUGCAAACCACACGGUGGUGUUGUUUUUUCCUGAUGUUGAAGGCCCAGCUGGAACUGCAGGAGGGUGAGCCAGAGCUGAGCCACCACAACCUCCAGCAGGCUCUCUUCCUCCUGGAGUCUGACACCAACUAUGAAGCCAUCGAGGAGCAGAAAGGCCAGACAAAGGUCAUGCACAGAGAGAGGAAGAGACUGGCCUUCCUCACCCACCCGGCAGCCUGCCUGUGCCACCUCUGCUCCGACGUGGUCCUCUCGGCACUCUGCCUGCGCUGGCUCAUCUCUCAUGCCCAGACUGAACUGGCAGAGGGCAGCAAAGCCGAAGGACUGGGUCUGAUCCGAGACACGUUGCUACGCUGUACUGCCGUGGCCACACGCUUUGAUGCUGUGCUGCGAGACAAGCUGCAGUGCAGUUCUGUCACCCGUGUCCCUGCACUGGAGCUGCUGGAUGAACUGGUGGCCACUGGCUAUGCCACAUUAGCCCUGCAGAGCCUGGGCAACCCUUUGCUGGCAGAGGAAAUGGCAGAGGAGCUGGAGACAGGGUUGACCUUCCUAGCAUCCUGCAGACCCAACUUGCCCAGCCUGGAGGUCUCCAGGGCCAGUCUGCUGCUUGCCAAAGCCACGCGUACCAUUUGGCACCUGGCCUCCAAGUGUGGUGACUCCGUGGAUGGCGUCUUUGCCCACUCUUGGACCUGGCAGCUGCCCACGCUGACUCCAGUAGAGCCCAAAGCAUCAUCUGUGCUCCAGACUCUCAAGGGGGAUAAUGUUCGACCUCAAAAGAGCAAAACCAAGACACGUGUUGCCUCUGCUGUUCCCAAGACUGGAACGAAGAAGCAGCAGAGAGCGAAGGCGCCAGCUGUGCCAAGUGCCGAUGCCUUUGCUCCGGGUGACCUGGACAGUGAGGUGACGUUCAGCGAUGACAGCCAAGAGAAGGGUCCCCAAGUGACACCGAUUCCACGACCUACCCGCAAGACGCGUUCCACCCGGAAAGCUCUACCUUCCAACUCCUCAGGGUCUCAGGUGAGCUCUCGGAGCAGCAGCACCCAGCUCCGGAGAAAGCGGCUUGCCGCAUGCCGAGCUGGCGCUGCAGAGGAGAAGAAGGAGCAGGUGACGUGCAGGGCUCGUGGCAAGAAAGUGGAGGAGGACUUGGACCUUUCAAUGGCCUUUGAGGAAGAGAGAGGAGACCCAGGAAGCAGUCAGCUGCCCCGGCAUGGACAGAAGGGAGCAGACGAGGAGCAUGAGAUCCUGAGGCAAGAGGACUGCACUGAUGUCUUGGCAAUGCAGCGGCUGGAUGGUGGGAACCCUGUGUGCCUGGAGGGGACUCUGUCCACCCUGCCCGGGGCUGCCGAUGUCUCCUUGCUGGAUACGGUCGUGGAGCGCCUGAAAGAGGCUUUCAACUGCAUUAGCCACUGCCCUCCCGGUGCGCUUUACAGACAGCUCUGCCUGCUCCUGGCUCUGGCCAUGGGCGACCACGACCCUCUGGCCACAGCCUAUCUUCUCUCCGAGUCCAUCUCCAUCACCAUUCGUCAUCAGAUGCUCAGCAUCAUCCCCAGGAAGAUCCACAAAGAGCAGAAGUCAGUGAGAGCCGUGGCCGAGCAGCUCCGUGGGCUCUCCUUGCAGGAGCAGAGUACCAUCCAGUGCAGUCCCCGCCUCGCCGAGCUUGAGGGGUUCAUGUUCAGCUCCACAGGGCUGGGCCCUGAGGUGCAGGAUGACUUCCAGAGGCAGCUCCAGCAGAUCCCCAGCGGGGUGACUGUGUGUAUGCUGACCCUCGCCAGCAUCCAGCUUGGCUCCGUGGGGGAGACACUGCUGCUGACACGGCUGGAGAAGGACAUGGCUCCCGUCACCAUCCGCAUCCCCAAGGUCCCGCUGCACUCACUGCUGAGCGAGUUUGAAUCCAUCCUGAAGGAGCAAAAACAAGUCAACAACUGCACAGACAAUCAGGCGUGGUGGCUGCGCCGCUCUGAGCUAGACUGCAGGAUGAAGAGCAUCAUUGACACCAUGGAAACACAGGUGCUGGGCUGCUGGCGGAGUGCCUUGAUCCCCAGUGGCCUCACGCAGCCUCGUCUGGCCAAGGAAGCCGCCCAGUUGUCCCUACAGCUCCGCCAGUACGGCUGGAGGGACUCGCAUUCCAGCCUGCUCCAGGUGCUGCUGAAGGUCGCUCCGUUCCUCACCCCCGAGGAUGUACAAGCCCUGGCCUUUGGCCUCUGCCCAGCGCAGCCCCACAAGGCUCAGCUCCUCCUGCAGAAGGCGGUGGGGAAGAAGAAAGCCUGUGCUGCGUGGGCUGGUGGCUCCCUGGUCCUGGUUCUGGACAGGCAUCUGCAAAAGCUGCCCUGGGAGUCCAUGGAGUUCUUGAAAGCUGUGACCGUAACCAGGCUCCCCUCCCUGCGCUUCCUGCUCAGCUAUUCCCUGGCACAGAAGCAGAGACCAUCUGUGCUGACCCGCGGUGUGAAUCCCAGGAGCACUUUCUACAUCCUCAACCCCCACCGUAACCUCCCGCACACAGAGAAGCUGUUUCGGAGCUGGUUUGAGAGUGAGCCUGGCUGGAAGGGGGUGACUGGAGCCAUCCCAAGCCCAGAGCAGAUGCAGGCAGCCCUCCAGGAGCAUGAUCUCUACAUCUAUGAGGGGCACGGGACAGGCACCCGUUUUCUGGAUGGACAGACCAUCGCCAGACUGAAUGGCCGUGCCGUCACCCUGCUCUUUGGCUGCAGCAGCGCCGCGCUUGUUGUCCGGGGCAGCUUAGAGGGCUGCGGCACCGUCCUCAACUACAUCAUGGCCGGCUGCCCCCUGGUUUUGGGGAAUUUGUGGGAUGUUACAGACAGAGACAUCGACCGCUUCGCCUUGGCGCUGCUGCAGGGCUGGCUCCGCGGGGGUUCAGGCGCCCCGUUCUUGCACUACAUCGCGCAGGCACGCCAAGCCCCCAAGUUCAAGAGCCUCAUCGGGGCAGCCCCCGUCGCCUAUGGGCUACCUGUCUGGCUGGAGUGACAACAGGGUCCGCUCCCUUGGCAACUGACUGACUUACCCUUUGGGUAGAAAGAAAAGUGGUUUUAAUUGGCCAAUUUGAUUA